UUGAAGCUGAGCGCCUUGAAGCAACCAAGCCGAUUAGUUCUGUGCACAUGGCUGAGACUAGCUCGCGUAAGGCAUCUAGGCCUAAACGCAAGCAACCUGAUUACGCUCCUGGACAAGAGAGACCUAAUGGGCCACCGCCUAAGAAGGCUAAGUUUGUCAAGCGGAAUACUAGAGGAAAGCGCGCAAAGAAGGACAAGUCUAAGUUGACUUGUUAUAAUUGCGGAAAGAAAGGACAUUUUGCUCGUGAAUGCGCUGAGCCCAAAAAGACUCAGCGGCAACAGAACAUGUAGCAAGAGAUAGAGUGGGAUUUGUGGAGUACCGCCGGAUUCCUAUUGGCAGU